AUGGGACGCCGUAAGAUAGCAAUUGAGCCUAUCACCCAGGAUAGGAAUCGUACUGUUACAUUUAUUAAACGAAAAGCAGGGUUGUUCAAAAAAGCCCAUGAGCUUGCUGUUCUGUGUCAGGUGGAUGUUUCUGUUAUAAUUUUGGGAAAUAACAAUACGUUUUAUGAGUUUUCAUCUGUUGAUACCGAUGACCUUAUCAAAUAUUAUAAGAGGGACGAUCUACCCCACGAUAUUAAGACACCUGCGGAUUAUGGAGACUACGUUAAGAAGCCAAAGGUGGUCUUAAAUGAGAAGCGCAGGAGAAGACAGGCUACAUUCAUCAACGAACCUAUCACUAUAAGACCGUCAUGCAGUAAAAGCGAGCAACUUGACGAUGAAGACCUAGGAGAUAAUGAUGAUGAUGAUGAGGAGGAGGAGGACAAUGAUGAGGAUAAUGAUGAUAGCAUAAUACAUAAUAGCAUUGCCCAAGAGACCGACAGCCUACCUUCUACGGAAAUACAUCAACAAAUGGUCAAUCAACGACAGAGAACCCACUCUCCUAGUCUUGAAAGCCGGCCAUUUACAAAAAGGGUCAAGUCCGAUGACUCCACAAGAUUUAAUCCAUUACAACAGCAUGUUCAAAGACAAUUCCAUAACUUGUAUAGCGCUGCAUCCAAGUACAUUGAUCAUCCGCAGCAAGGACAAACACAGGAUCAGCAUCAAGGCCAACGAGGACAUUCGAAAAACCAGCAGUCGCAGCAACAGCCGCAGCAACAACAACAUUCUACACAACCACAGCAGUCGCUUUCGCGACCAAAACAAGAUCUCUCGCCCUCGGGUCGUUCUCUGUCCUCGAUAGCCUCUUCACAACAGCAUCCUCACCAGGCUCCGCAAGCAAAUGCUAAGUCAUCAUUUCAAAAGCCGUUCAAUCCAUAUCAUUCAUCACAUAAGAGAUCUAGUUCCAGAGGUACUCCUAUCCCACCUAACUCUCAUACUUCAAGAAGUGACACACACCAAAGCUCUGCAAUGCCUUCUUUGUCUCCUACGGGAUCUUUGCAGGGGUCUUCUCAACAGCAGUCUACAGGAAAGCAGGUUACUAGGCCCGUUUUACGGGUACAGAUUCCGAAUAGCAAUUCAACAGGCUCUUUAAAUAGCCAACCUUCCUCAAAUUCAAUGAGUGAAGUGAUCGGUGUCAACAAGCCUUCACAGUUUAAUGCCAACGGCCAUCUGGUGUUACCGGAUCCUUCAAACCCAAGAAGUGAUAUCCCAGUCUCUUCACAUCCUCAGGAUGUAUCUGGAGGUCUCAUGGUAAGUGAACGUCCCAAGAAUGCUGAAAAUAUGACAUCCGCUGGUACAGGUAUGCUGUAUAACAAUCUCCCUUCGGCUAUUGCGGCCUCACCGUCAAUGCGGCAAUAUUUCGCUUCUCCGCUGCAGCAGGCAGCCAACGGCGCAGGAAACCUUUUGUCAGCAUCUCACAACCAGACAUUUCAGUCAGGCACACGACAGACCCAAACUACGCAGCAUAGGAAACAUCAAGCGGACCAGUCUGCAGGACCUAUGCUGGGUGCUCUACCGUCCAAAUACGUUAGUGAUCUCAUGGUAGCAUCACCAAAUGGGUCAAUUGCUAUGUUUCAAGAUUGGCCUUUUAAUCGUGGUGCACCGAAUACGGGUGGAAACACUGCAUUUGGGUCCAAUUCUGAUUCUUUACAAGCAUCGCUUGUUAACAGCAAUACAGGCUUGACACCAUACAUAAAUGGCUCUGUGCAAACCCCUCUUGGUGGAAGGUAUUUUAAUUUCCCGAAUGAGCCUCACAACGAGGAUAAGGUGACUGAAGAAAAGCCCUAG